AUGCGUGGGAAUACGCAGUUUGCGGAAAUUCGCAGCGGCAGCACGCGAGGGAUGACGGCGAGGCGCAUCAGCUGUCUCUGCGCCAACGCUGCUCACACGAGAACUCGACGCAAACACGCAGGCAGCCCGCACAAACCACUCACCCCCGCAUUUCUCCCCUUCCUUCUCACCAUCCAACACCCUUUCUCGAUUCCAGUACACUCACCCACAAUGUCCGCCGACGUACCCAAAGCAACCCUGUACACCUUUGACGGAUCCGUCUGGGCAUCAGCACCGCGCCUCGCCCUCGUCGAAAAGGGCUACUCCUCCACCGACGUCGACCUCAAGAUCGUCGACCUCGUCAAGGGCGAAAACUUCGACCCCUCCUACCUCCGCAUCAACUCCAAGGGCACCGUACCCACCCUCGUUGUUCCUCUGCUCGAGACCACCUCGGCAGAAGUAGCCACCAAGUUCCGCGCCAUCAACGACACCAAAGCCAUCCUCGAAUUCCUCGACAAGAGUCGAAGCUCCAACACCGUCACCGACACCUCGGCCACGCCUGCACCCAUCCUCGCACCCGCUACCAUCGAAGGCAAAGCCGCCAGCGACGAGAUCAUCGCUCUCUCGCACUCUCCCACUGUCGACCCGAACUUUCUUCUGCUUGGAGCAAGAUCCGAAUCCGAACUUGCAGCUUCUCGCAAAGCUCUUCCGGGAACAUUCGUCACCAACCGUCACAACGUCCUCCUCUCGCACCAGAAGAGUCUGCUCGAAAACGACUCUGCUACGGUCGCCUUCGACGGCUCUUCCAACCCGAAAUCCUCCGCCGUACACGAAAACUUGAAGAAGUGGUACGCGGACAAACUCGACUCCCAAUCGCUCCUCACCAAAGCCUACCUGGAAAACGACGCCGAGAGCGUGCAGCAGCUCAUCCAGUCGACCAACGCGGCAUGGAAGGCGGUCGCAGAAACGCUGGUCAAGCUCGAAGCCAAGUUGCAAGGUCCCUUUGCGUUGGGCGAUCAGAUCAGCCUGGCUGAUCUGCACGUCCUGCCCUGGUUGGCUAGGUUGAGCGCGGUAGCGGGCGGGUUGACGGGAAAGCACGGGUUGGAGGCGCUGGAUGAGGUCGUCAGGACCGGUGGCGUGGGGGAUGGCGUCGGCGCCAAGGUGAAGGGGCUGUGGGAGGCGUUUGCCGACAGGCCGAGUUUCAAGGCUGUUUACGGUGAAGGGCUGCAUUGA